UCCUUUCUUGAGGAGACGCGAGGCUGUUUACGGUCUCGCCUCUUCGGCGCGAAAUCUACGUGAAAAAACUCGGACGAGACCACACAUUUUCCUCCUCUCACCGGAAAACAACAGCUCCUCCUACACGGCAGUGCCCGUUUACGAGCGUUGUCACUUGUGAAUCCAGUGUCGCUUUUUGCGACUCUUUGAGUUUUACGAAGGUUGAGAAGGUGUUUCUUUAUAUUCUUCACCCUCUCUCGCCGAAUGUCCGGCCGAAAAGCAGAGACUUCAGGCUUCAACUCUCCUGCGAGUCUGCAGCUGCGAGACAGACAGCGAGGACCGUUUCUUUCGACGACUUCGUCGAGCAAACGUAGCUCCAGUCCUCGGUCUCUUUUUUCGAGCGUGAAGUUUUUCAGGAGGAGACUUCUGCUUCCUCUCGGCUCUCCUGCCUCUCCUCGAAGAGGUGCUCUGAGAGGGGGAAGCUGUUUCCAGCCAACAUUUCUGCACGACGAGCUCGAGAACCUCCACGACCGCUCGUGACUUUUCGCUCACAUGUCCUCCUUCUACCCGAAACGUCCACUUAGACCCCGUACGGGAGAAUUCCGCCGCGUUUCCGGCUCGCUUUGUUAGCAAAUCUCCAGGCACUGGAGCCUCGCAUUUGCUCUUUUGCGUGGAAGAAGUCCGCGCCUUCGCGGCGAAUCUGCGCGCCCAACGGUCUAACUCCACUAUAAAACGUCGGCGGUAGUUGCUACGCCCGGAGUGGAGAGAAACAUGAACAGGUGUGAAGAUCGGAACGCGAGGCGCCGAGAAGCGCACAACUCGGAGGAAAAGAUGAAGCACAGGCGGUGCGCCAUGUCGUCUGUGUCGCAUCCCCGACGAGAGGAGAAAGGUUUCGGCCUCGGUUCUCGACCAUGGAGGGUACAGGCGAAUAAGGAAGCUCUCAAACACAGAAAAGGCUCUUCAAAGACAAGCCCAAGCUGUGGAGCGAAAUCGACAAACGCGAGAAGAAAAUAUCACCGCUCCGCAGAGGCGACAGGAGAGCCAAAAGUCCACACAGUCGACAGAGAGAAGAACAUCGACACAGUCGAUGAAGAGAUCGAGAGAAAGAGGAGUGCUUAUGGGGGGAGACUCGCGGGUCGUUGCUCUCGAAGGCGACCCCAAAAAGGACGGCCGACCAGACGUUUCCUGUCUGUCUGCUUCACAGACAUACGCCGCAGUCGCUCUCCCAUCUCGAAGGCUUCCUCGGGUGUACGUACACCUUGGGCUGGCGCGUUUUGCUCCUCUCGUGAUGCAUGUCACGAGCGCAGAGGAUGUGGAUUGCCGGUGUCAUUCAGAGAUGGAGACGGGAGAAGAAGAGAAACGUCUGAGUCCGGAUUUUGUAGAGAUCCUCAGCUUCACUUGAGCGCUGAUAUGUCUUCAGAGCUUUCUGCGUUUUCUGCCAAGGCGACCAGCAGCUCUUGCAUUUCUUCGCGUCUGUCCACCUUGGAGAUGAAGAGUGAAAAAGGAAAUCUGAGAAGCGAUACAGAUCAAAGCGUUUCUCGACAGCCUCUCUCUCUUUCCUUUUCUCGGCGAACGCCUUCAUCUUCCUCCCCACGACGUUCGUGUGCGUCGUCUUCCCUGUCGCCUCCUGUGUCUCUUCCUUCCCGUCCUUCUUCCCCGUCUUCGUCUGUUCUUUCUCGUCCUUCUGUUUCUUCCUCGUCUUUGUCUCUUUCUUCUUCGCGUCGGUCAGUGUGUAUGUUGUCUCCCACCCCUCUGCGUUCUUCUCCUCGCGUUUCCAGAAGGAAACGAAGUCGACUGUCUCAGCUGCGCCGGUUUCUCCUCCAGGCGGCCUUCGUCAUGCUUUUCUCCGCUGUUUUCGCCAGUUUUUCUGGACAGCACACAACGGAGUUCUUCGCGGAGGCAAUAGUGUGCGGAGUCGAGGCGCCCGACGGUUUGCUUGCGGCCGCGACGGCGGCUGGAAGCUCCACGCCUGCUCUCGACAUUUUUGCUCUGCCGCUUUGUCGCCUCCCCUACUUGGUGAACUCGGCGAUUCCACCCAAGGACGCCCCGCAUGUUGGCCUGCUCGCCGGAGGAUUCAUUGAUAUUGAUUUGGAGAUUCUUCCAUCGAAUUACGUGAACAAUUUGCCCCUGAGGAGACCGCGGUUCUCUGGAGAAGCGAAUCGGCUUUCAACUGGCCCGGAGUCUCCGCUGAGAGACGCUCUUUUUUCAACAGCUGCACCUGCACGCGGUCUUGCUGCCUUCCCCUCUGUGGUUUCUCUCUCCGACAAGAAACCUGAAGAACGCGCAUCGACGGUUUCAUCUCGUUUUUCUGAGUCUCGGAGUCUCCCUGUUUUCUUCAACAAAUUCCAGGAGAAUCUCGCUGGGCUCGCAUGCACGUUCCAAGGCCUGGCAAGAAACUUCUUCUCUGAACUGAGGGAGGCAGUUGCCUUUGCGUCUCCUACGCUUCUUUACCGCGCCUCGAGGCUUUCAAAAGCCGAGAGGGGAGAGUCGACGGUCAACGCUGUCAGUGACGCUGCAGAUAAUGCGGCCAGAGUGGAGAAUUCGAAAGAGAGCGCACGAGCCGAAAAAGAGAAGAAGCUGAGCGAGAUGGAAGCAAGACGCCUGGCGGCAGAGUCUCUUCUGGCAAAUCCGCUUCGCGACGACCCCCUGGUUGCGGCAGUCAACAACACCUACGUCCUUGUGAUGGAUCACUUUCAGUUUCUGUUCUUCGAACAAGACGGUGACUGGUUGCCUUCCUUCACAGCGGCCGACAACGUCGUCGCCAAUUCGUACAUUCCUGCUUUCAAGCGCCUGCCGUUUGCGUCUUCUCGCUUGCGAGUGCGAAUUCAAGUUCCGAGGCGAGACCGCUACGCCGUGGUUCUCCUCAACGCCGACGGCUUGGAUUUACGGCUUCGGGGCUCUGUCACCUUUCUGAAUCCUGACGCCCAACAACUGUCUGCGGAGCAACUUCAUCUGCCCGACACGGUCUUUGGCCUCAUGAUUCUCUACCUCGUCACGUCCGGCGUCCUCGUGCUUCUGAUGCUCGUUUUCCGGCGACGAAGGUGGAAUGGCGUCCACCUGUUGAUGCUCGGAAAUUUUCUGUUCGCGGCUCUGGCGUUUUCUCUCGACUGGAGGCAAGCUGUCUACAUGGCAGAGCACGGCAUUCGACAUCCUGCGUUGUGGGUUGCUUCUCGGGUGUUCAAGAAGAUGCAGGACAUCUCUGCCCUGAUGACUUUCAUCCUCGUUUCGCUUGGGUGGAAGACGCUGCGGUCGCAGUUAAGCCGCAUCGAAGUGCAGUUUGUUGCCGGUCUCUGCGUGAUAUCUCUUUACCUCGGCUUCUUCGAGAUCAUCUUGGGCGGCUUCCAGGGCACACGGUACAUCUUGCAUGCACUGGGGUAUAUUUGCGUCCUCGUCGCCAUCAACGCGAACCUCGCGCUCUUGCAUGCCCACAUCGCAGACUCUUCACUCAGCCCGUCCACGGGUGAACUGUACCACAAAUACGACGGCUACCAGACCUAUCGGUGGAUUUUCUUUCUUUACCUGAUGAAGCCUGUGACGCUUGUCUUCUACAAGUUAACUUUUCUCAAUCUGGCGUACGAGCAGCUUCUCUCGUGGGAUGAAUGGGUGUUUGUCCUAGUCGACAACUUAAUGGACUACCUGAUUUACGUAGGACUUCUCUACGCCUUCAGACCAGUGGGGUCGAUGCGUGUUUUGCGGGAUCUUACUCCGGAGAAUGCAAGCUCAGCCAGUGGCACACGGGCGCCUCCGGCCACGACUGUGUCGCCUGCCUGAAAGGAAAUGAGCAACAUCGAGAGGAAGGAGAGUAAACAGGAAAGGUGAUAAAGAAGGAAUCGAACAAGGAACCAAAGAAGAUGAUGAAGGCGAUAAAGGAACAAAGAGAGGGGAAAUGAAGGUCUCGAACUUCUCCAAGCACAACACAGGCACCUCGUGGCCAUGUCGGAGCCACUACAACUCGUUCGAUUUUCGAAUGAAAUGUACACGAUCACCUAUAUAUAUAUAUAUAUAUAUAUGUAAAGGUAUAGAUUCUCGAUCAUUUGCACGUUUGUGUGUUUUGGGUCGGGAAAUGGCGCCGUUGUCCGAGUUAAAACUGAGCAACAUGUGCUUGUGCACUGGGGUAGGGAGUGAGCGAGAAAGAUACAACCAGGCAGCGUUUUGUAGAAGACUGCAUGCGGACGUCUCGUCUACAUGUUUCAGUGUUUUUGUCUCCUUCUCUGUUUAGCAUGUGCAAAGGGGAGAGAGUUUCUGAAUCAUGUGUUACUUUUUAGAAACCAACAGAGAGUAGUGUCUGUGGAUAUGCAAGUGUUACAAGUGAACACACACUCACAGGUGUAUCUCUCUCACGGGACUGUUGGCGAACGUUACGCCUAAGGCAGCCCGGAAAAGCCGUUUUCUCGAAAUCAGCACAGCAUUGUGGGACCAUUCUUCUUCUCCAACCUCAGAGAAGGCCU